GUAUCUUAAACUCCAUAAAAAGAUAAAACCCUUAGACAUUUGAUAAUGCCGACGAUGGUCUCAUAUUUUGACAAGGUGAUUGAUCUGAAACCUGGUAAAACGACCUGGAAAAUAAGGGUCCAUAUUGUGCGUCUGUGGAGACAAUUCACCGUAGCAGGUAUCCAGAGUAUUGAGAUGGUUUUAGUUGAUUCCCAUGGUGAUGCUAUUCAUGCAACUAUUAGUGAGGAAUUAGUUCCUACAUUUGAAUCCAACAUCCUAGAAGGUGACUCGAAGAUUUUCUAUAAUUUUCAACUUUCUCUAUCCACCGACUCCUAUCGAACAACAAACCAUCCUUACAAAAUUUUGUUACAAGACUUUACUCGGGUUCGAUUUUGUGAGGAUAUGUCGUUCAGUUCGACCGGUUUUAAACCUUGCAGUUUUCAUGAUAUCUUAAACGGUAGUCUGAACCCGCAAUAUUUGUUCGAUAUUAUUGGUCAGGUUGUGGAGAUUUCUAAUGUUGAAAUCGUCUCUCUUAAUGGAAAGGACACCGAAAAGAUUUCGUUAGAGUUAAAAAAUCCGGAAGAUGUUAGAAUUCCAUUGGUUGUAUGGGGUAAAGUUGCUCUAGAGCUAAGCGAAUCAAUUGAACUUAUUUCUGAAAAAACUGUAAUUUGUGUCAUGAGAUUUGCAAAGGUCAAAGUUUGGAAAGAUAGGCGAAGUGUAUGUAAUGCAUACAAUGUUUCUUCUAUCUCCCUUAAUCCGUGGAUGAAGGAGGUGGAUGCUUUCUUAUCUUUGUCAGACGAAGAAGACUACUUCGUUCAGACUCCACAGAAAACAAUAGCUGAAAUAUUGGAGACGACCAAGGUGGAGAGGUGUUUCCUAAGGUGCACCAUAGCGGCUAUUGAUAGUGAUUUGGGUUUGCACUAUAUGAGUUGCAAAGGAUGUGGUACAAAAAUAGACAUGUUGCAUAAUAACCUUUGUGCCGAAGGUACCUAUGAACUGGAUAGGCGUUUUAUGUUCUAUUGUACUAAGUGCAAGGUUCUCAAUCCUAAGCGGUCGUUAAGGCCGAAGCUGCAUUUGGUGGUACUAGAUGAUACAGGUCACACUAAGCUUUUGGUGUUAGAUAGUAUUGCACUCCAAUUGCUCCAUCAACCUUUCAGUCAUGCAAUGACACCUAUCAAAGAUAAUGGAGAUACCAGUGUUUUGCGGACUGCUCUGACCAAACUGGUUGGUAAAACCUAUUUAUUUAAGAUCAUAAUAGAUCGCAAUAAUUAUCAGUACAAGGACGAUACAUUUAAGGUCGCGAAGAUUAUCACCAGCCCAUAUAUGAUGAACGAGUUUGACGUGUCCCCUUAUCCUAAGGGAUGCUCGAAUACGUUUAGAACAGAGUUUUAUAAAGUGUCUCAAAUCCCAGAGCAUGCGAUGCUUGUACCUGGUUCUUCUUAUAGGAGCUCAAAAUUUAAGAUCAUGACUCCUGCUAAACGUGAAGGUUCUCCGAUCGAAAGUUUAGAAGCGAAUGCCUACCUCAGUGCUGAUACCAAACCUGGAGCUUCGUUUUGGAUCAAGAAAGAGAAGCAUUAA